UUCGCGCAGUCCACAGUACGAUUUAUUCGAUUCGGGAACAAAAUGCCCAUCUCGUGCCGUAGCGGUUGUGGCCGCAAUGCGUUUAUGCGAAGGCCAAAAACCGGCGAUGUGCUCUGCAAGGAAUGUUUCUUUCUGGCUUUCGAGACGGAAAUACACAACACCAUUCAACAGGAACAUUUAUUUCGCUCGGGCCAAAAGGUAGCGAUCGCGGCUAGCGGUGGCAAGGACAGCACAGUUCUCGCCCAUGUGAUGAACCUAUUGAACAAACGGUACAAUUACGGACUCGAUUUGGUGCUGCUGUCCAUCGACGAAGGAAUAACUGGAUACCGGGAUGACAGCCUUAAAACGGUGGCACAGAACCGAGAUGAUUACGGGAUGCAGUUGCGCGUGCUCUCUUAUCAGGAGCUGUACGGAUGGACGAUGGAUCGUAUAGUGGCGGAGAUAGGACGCAGCAACAAUUGUACGUUCUGCGGUGUGUUCCGCCGCCAGGCAUUGGACCGUGGAGCACGCUUAAUGGAGGUCGAUUGUGUAGCCACCGGACACAACGCGGACGAUAUUGCGGAAACCGUCAUAAUGAACAUACUGCGCGGAGAUACGGCACGGUUGCGCCGUUGUUGCGAUAUCAAAACGGGAUCCAAAGAAGCCGAUACGAUUCCGCGUGUGAAACCGCUAAAGUAUAGUUACGAGAAGGAGAUCGUGAUGUACGCACACUUUAAAAAGCUGGUCUACUUUUCGACCGAAUGUGUAUUCGCACCAAACGCUUACCGUGGCCACGCGCGGGCGUUUUUAAAAGAUCUGGAAAAGGUACGCCCGUCGGCGAUCAUGGACAUCAUUCACGCUGGUGAGCAGCUACAGAUCAAGGGUACGGUGAAGAAACCGGUACGCGGAGUUUGUGGUCGGUGCGGGUUCGUCUCGUCACAGCAACCGUGCAAAGCUUGCGUACUGUUGGAAGGAUUGAAUCGUGGAUUGCCUAAAUUGGGCAUUGGCAAGAAAUCCAAAGGAGAUCGAAUGGUAGCCCUACAAGAGCAACAGUUACGCGAGAAGGCACAUCUUGUGAAGAACGACUUCUGACAGCGUUCAGUAUGUAUGUAAUAUAUGCACCAGUAGAGGAUCUAUCCCCUUGGAGGCCCAUUGCGGAAUUAUAAAUGGGGCCUCUAAUUUUCAAAAUGUUGAAUUGGGGGGCAUUGAGGCCCUUGAAAUGAGGCAAAGCUAAUGGCGCCGUAAGAAGGGGCUCCUGAACACACUUUGAAUCAUCCCACGGGUAGUUCGCGGUCAAAUUUCGCCAGGGGCCUCUUGUGGUAUCCUUCGGGUAUUCCUAUCCCUCUAGCAUGAGGAAACUGGGCCUAUGUAUACAACUACUACACACAUUUUUUGGGACCGGGUGACCACCUACUCCGUCUACCGUUUGAUCCGCCGUUGAUGCCUUUUCUCAACUCUACCACGAAUCCGAAGAUCGAACUAUUAAAUAAACUUUCAAUAAACACACAAAAACA